UUUGCAGAAUAGCUUGACUCCCUCUUCUUUGAGGCAACCCCUGAGAUAUUGGAACACUAUCGUGUCUCACCUAAUCCUUCUUAUAAUGAAGAUAAUAUUUCCUGCUUUUGGUCCCAAUAAGGAGGUGAGACAAAAUAAAUCCCAAAUUGAAACUUUUCAAUCGGACGUAUAAAGUCACGCACGCUUGAGUGAAGUUUGUUUACUGAAAAACAAACACCGUGGACUCCAGCGAGGCUUAAAUUCAGAAAAGGAACCUGUAUUAUAUCGUUUGACCUCCUCAAAAUCAGCCCUUCCAAUUAACCGCACUCAAAUCACCUUUAUCCACCACCAAAGGGAAGCAAGGAAAAAGCAAUGAUUGGUGUAUCUCUCUCUUCCGCCUCGCAGCCCCGUCGCCGAUCCCAAACAUCCCCGCCCGGCUGAAUAUAUCGAGCGCGGCUUUUGGUUCGGGAAACGUGAACAUACCCGAGCUGGUGUGGUUCAGAGGGGGGGAACCCCUGAAAAACCGGGAGAGAAAGUGGGGGCGCGCAGGGCUUUUUGGGAAAGGUAGUCCUUGGCAUACAGCUGCCUGUAGCCAAGAACUCGGUCCGGACUCUAUCUCCCAGAGGCGCACUAGGCAGCGGGCUGGUAGGAGGCUUUCUCUGUACGAGCCUCCCUGACGUCGUUUCAGAUUCACAUUGCAUCCUAUCAGGCCAAAAGGCGAUGAUGUCACCUGCGGGCUUGUGUGAGGCAGCAAGACCGGAGUUACUCCUGCUGGCGGCAGCGGAGGAAGCCAGCCUGCCUUAACUAGCACCCAUUGUAAACCGAGCGAGGAACUGGAGCGGGCGGCGGCGGCGGCGGCGGCUCCAGAAGGAUGCACGGGGGCUUCAGGAUUUAGUGUCUAGAAAGAAAGAUAGUAAGGAUUGCACCAUGGCUCCGAGAAAAAGGAGUGGGCGAGGGAUCUCUUUUAUCUUCUGCUGCUUCCGAAGUAAUGAUCACCCAGAAAUCACGUACCGGCUGCGGAAUGACAGCAAUUUCGCCCUGCAAACCAUGGAGCCCGCAUUGCCCAUGCCUCCGGUGGAGGAGCUGGAUGUUAUGUUUAGUGAGCUUGUGGAUGAACUUGACCUUACGGAUAAGCAUAGAGAAGCCAUGUUUGCUCUACCAGCAGAAAAGAAAUGGCAGAUCUAUUGCAGUAAGAAAAAGGACCAAGAAGAAAAUAAAGGGGCCACGAGCUGGCCUGAAUUUUACAUUGAUCAGCUUAAUUCCAUGGCUGCUAGAAAGUCAUUGAUCGCUUUGGAAAAAGAAGAUGAAGAGGAACGAAACAAAACCAUAGAGAGUUUGAAAACAGCACUAAGGACCAAACCUAUGAGGUUUGUAACUCGAUUCAUUGAUCUGGAUGGCUUGUCAUGCAUUCUGAACUUCCUGAAGAGCAUGGACUAUGAGACUUCAGAAUCUCGAAUCCAUACCUCUCUCAUUGGGUGCAUCAAAGCCCUGAUGAACAACUCUCUUGGGAGAGCCCAUGUCCUGGCCCACUCAGAGAGUAUUAAUGUAAUUGCUCAGAGUCUGAGCACUGAAAACAUUAAGACUAAGGUGGCGGUGCUGGAAAUCAUGGGCGCUGUGUGCCUGGUUCCUGGGGGUCACAAAAAGGUACUAGAGGCCAUGGUGCACUACCAAAAAUAUGCCAGUGAACGGACUCGCUUUCAGACAUUAAUAAAUGAUUUGGAUAGAAGUACGGGACGAUACCGAGAUGAAGUAAGCCUCAAGACCGCCAUUAUGUCUUUUAUCAAUGCUGUUCUAAGCCAAGGAGCUGGAGUGGAAAGUCUGGACUUCAGACUCCACCUUAGAUAUGAAUUCCUCAUGCUUGGAAUUCAGCCUGUAAUUGAUAAGUUAAGAGAACAUGAAAAUUCCACAUUAGAUAGGCAUUUAGACUUUUUUGAAAUGCUCCGAAAUGAAGAUGAGUUGGAGUUUGCCAAAAGAUUUGAACUGGUUCAUAUAGAUACAAAAAGUGCAACCCAGAUGUUUGAGCUCACAAGAAAGAGAUUGACUCAUACAGAAGCCUACCCGCAUUUUAUGUCUAUACUUCACCAUUGCCUCCAAAUGCCUUAUAAGAGAAACGGCAACACUGUCCAGUACUGGUUACUGCUGGAUCGUAUUAUACAACAAAUAGUUAUUCAAAAUGAUAAAGGGCAGGACCCUGACUCAACACCCCUGGAGAACUUUAAUAUCAAAAAUGUUGUCCGAAUGUUGGUGAAUGAAAAUGAAGUGAAACAAUGGAAAGAACAAGCAGAAAAAAUGAGAAAAGAACACCAUGAGCUACAGCAGAAGUUGGAAAAGAAAGAGCGAGAGUGUGAUGUCAAGACUCAAGAGAAAGAGGAGAUGAUGCAGACCUUAAACAAGAUGAAGGAAAAGCUUGAAAAAGAACUCUCGGAGCAUAAACAAGUGAAACAGCAAGUGGCAGACCUCACGGCACAGAUCCAUGAGCUUAGUAGGAGAGCAAUAUGUGCUCCAGUCCCUGGAGGACCCCCUCUGCCACCCGGUGCCCCCGGGGGGCCAUUACCUACAGGGUCUCUAGGAGCUCUCCUGCCAGUUCCUCCUCCACCCCCUCCUCCUGGGGCAAUGCUGCCACCUCCUCCUCCACCCCCUCCUCCUGGGGGUCCACCUCCUCCUCCAGGGCCCCCACCAAUUGGAGGCCUGACUCCAGCUCCAGGAGCUCCUUUGGGAUCAGCACUCAAGAGGAAAAACAUCCCUCAACCCACACAUGCCCUCAAAUCCUUCAACUGGUCCAAAUUGCCUGAGAACAAGUUGGAAGGUACUGUGUGGACUAGCAUUGAUGAUGCCAAGGUAUUUAAGGUGCUAGACCUUGAAGACCUUGAAAGAACAUUCUCCGCUUACCAAAGGCAACAGGACUUCUUUGUGAACAAUAAUUCAAGACAGAAAGAAGACUCGAUUGAUGAGACACUGAGUUCCAGGCAUAAAGUCAAGGAGCUUUCAGUAAUAGAUGGUCGGAGGGCUCAGAACUGCAAUAUUCUGCUCUCAAGACUUAAACUAUCAAAUGAUGAAAUUAAACGUGCAAUUUUAACAAUGGAUGAACAGGAGGACCUGCCAAAGGAUAUGCUUGAACAGCUUUUAAAAUUUGUUCCUGAAAAAGCUGACAUUGACCUUCUGGAAGAACACAAGCAUGAGUUGGAUCGGAUGGCCAAAGCUGACAGAUUUCUCUUUGAAAUGAGCAGGAUAAAUCAUUAUCAGCAAAGGCUUCAGUCCUUAUAUUUUAAGAAGAAGUUUGCUGAGAGAGUUGCUGAAGUUAAACCAAAAGUUGAAGCAAUUCAAACUGCUUCCAUCCAAGUAUUCCAGAGCAAAAGCCUGAAGCAGCUGCUUGAAGUGGUUUUGGCUUUUGGCAACUACAUGAACAAGGGCCAGAGAGGGAAUGCUUAUGGCUUUAAAAUUUCUAGCCUGAACAAGAUUGCAGAUACCAAAUCUAGCAUUGACAAGAACAUUACCUUGUUGCACUAUCUCAUCACAAUCAUAGAAAAAAAAUAUCCCAAAGUAUUCAGCUUACAUGAAGAAUUAAAAGAUGUCCCUGGAGCCGCCAAAGUAAAUAUGACUGAACUGGAGAAGGAUAUUGGCAACUUGAGGAGUGGGCUCAGAGCUGUGGAGACAGAACUGGAAUACCAAAAAUCCCAGCCUUCCAAUCCAGAGGACAAGUUUGUUUCUGUGGUUAGCCAAUUCAUCACUUUGGCCAGCUUCAGCUUCUCAGACGUAGAAGAUCUUCUAGCAGAAGCCAAAGAACUGUUUAUCAAGGCAGUGAAGCAUUUUGGAGAAGAUUCUGGCAAAACACAACCAGAUGAGUUCUUUGGAAUCUUUGACCAGUUCCUUCAAGCUGUAAAUGAGGCUAAACAAGAGAAUGAAAACAUGAGGAAGAGGAAAGAAGAAGAAGAGCGACGGGCACGCAUGGAAGCUCAGCUCAAGGAACAGCGAGAAAGGGAGCGCAAGGCUAGGAAGGCAAAAGAAAACAGUGAAGAAGGUGGAGAGUUUGAUGACCUGGUCUCCGCUUUGAGGUCCGGGGAAGUCUUUGACAAAGACCUUUCUAAAUUGAAGCGCAAUCGCAAACGCAUCACUAAUCAGCUGGCAGACGGGAGUCGCGAGAGACCCAUCACAAAACUCAACUUUUGAACAUCGUCUUUUUAAAGAGUGUUAGGGGGAGAAAAGAAACCUGACCAAUAAUCUGGUAAAACCUGGUCCCUUUUUUUUUUGCCUUCUGCCUUGGUGGUCACACAGUGGCAUCUUUCCUCCCCAACCCCGCAUGUCUGCGUGAGCGGGUGUUAAAGGAAGCAUAUGUGGGUGUAUAUGUGCUGUAGAUACAAGUCUCUUUGGGUGGAUGGAGACCAAAAGGGUGUGUGUGGAGACGCUUGUAAGCACGCACGGUUGCUACUGCUUGAACGAAUGUUCCCUUUUCUACCGAUUAUAGUGGUAUUCCACAAGCAGCUUCUCCAUUUCAAAAGCACAAACGUUGGAGAGGGAGGCUGAUAAGAGGCAGAAACGGGGGGGGGGCGGGGGAUGAGGGAGGCUGAAUAAUAACAUUCAGCUCGGCUUAUUGGGGUCUUUGAGGCCGAUACUGAGGGGGAAAUAGGUGCAGGGUGACCCAAGAUCAUCUUGACCUGGAUGGACCUACCUUGAGUGACUCAUCACUGCUGGGAAUACAGUGGCAAAAAGUCCAUUAGAAACUCUUCUUAUUCAGCCUGAACUGCAUCGCUCAGAAAAGAAAAAUACUAUCUUCUGUGUCUAUUAUUACCUAAAACUUGAACAUCCCUUGUAAUUCUUGUGCUGGCUCCUUUUGUUCCCUAAUCUCUCUUUUUCAUUCUUUCCCAGCACUUUUGGACUCCUUGAGGAGAUUUUCAUUACUGUAAUAAUGCACCUAUAGAAUUAAUUUGUUUUCUUAUUGAAGACCAAUGGGGAAUUGGGGAGGGGAGGGCUCUCUCUUUUGGGGGGAAAAAUGGAUCCAAGAAUCUAUGUGUUCAUUCUGUUUUGUUUUGAUUCCCUGUCCAGCAAGACAAACUAUAUUCUCUGUAAAUGUAGGUCAGAAAUUACUCUGGGCCAGUUCCGUUUUGUAACAGUUGUCUAAUCAGCAGUGAUUCCAGAAGAGCCUUGGGGAGGGGGGGAUUGGGGGCAUACCUGCAGAUAUUGGGCACUAUAUGUAAUCCUCCAUAGGUGCCCACGAAAGUUUAAAGAGCUAAGUUUUUAGUCAAGCAGUACCAGGAGCGGACCAAGUGAAUGUAGUGCCUCGAGUUUUUUAAGAGUUUAGCUGAGAAUUGCUGCCAUGAAAAAUAAAGGUGGCUCUUACUAAGUAAGCAGUGAGGUUCAUGUCCUCUCCUGAUGAUCCUAUGGCCUUGGGUUGAUUGGCAGCACACAGAGGCCUUUGUUUGCAGAACAAGCAUAGGUAAAACUUAUUUCAAAGUUUGCCCUUUGUCCCAAAGGAAACAGCUUUGGUCAAAGGCUUUGAUGAACUCCAGAGCUGAGGAGAGAGAUUUAAGGACCAAAUGUGUCAUGCAGAGCAGCAGGAACGCCCCCCUCCCUCAAAAUUAUAUUGCUAUUCAUGUUUUUCUUGCAGAAGUGUUAAGCAGAGCUACCUAUAAAAAAUGUUGAUCCAAAAUCUUUAAAAAAAAAUCACAAAAAAACAAAAACAAAAAAAAAACAUCAGAUUGCUCAGGGAGUAAUUAAUAAUUUAAAAACAAUAGUAAUACAAAGAAAUUGGAAAGAUGUUUUUAAAAUGCCAAUUUUUUAUAGCGUGGCUUAAUCUUAUAGAGAAUAUUGAAGACUGUUACUUUUUGCUCUUUUUUUCCCUCUUUUAUUUAUUUGUGGGAUUUCUCUUGCGUGGCUUUUUUUUUUUAACCAUCCUCAUAUUGUUAUCUGAAAUUGAACAGGGAUUUUGUUUAUUUUAUUUUAAUUUUUUUUUGUCCUUGCACUAGAUAGUUAAUGCUGUUUGAAACUUUUUUUGUGGGGGUGGGAGGGAACUAGUAAAAGUGGGGAAUUGGGGAAUUGGAAUAGCACUUUUCCUCAUGUGAACUGUAAAAGAAAUGUGCGGUUUUGUAUUAAAAAAAAAACUAGUUUGUACAAAAUACAGUUCUUGUUGCCGGGAUCCCCAGAUCCUUUUGCAGUCUGAAAGCUGUGAAGAUCACACCACAGAGAGCUGUCAGAGAGAUCUGUUUGUUUGUGCGUGUGGGUAUGUAGGCACGUGCAUGUAUUAUUAUUUUUUGAACUGUCAUUUUUCUUAAACUGCAGCCUUUUUCAAUAAACUGUACACCUGGAUGGCUCGUCAAAUACCUUGCAAAACAGUCAGAGUGAGAAUGCUGAUUAUCUGAGUCCUUGAAGAGAGCAGCUGAGCAAAAGCUUUGCUCCAGCAGAAAGCAUCCAAGUUGGUCAUAACUGUUACUUAAAACUAAAGUGCCUCUCUUUUAUAUGUAUAUAUUGUAUUUAUAGAUGGAAGAAAAUUGGGUUAGAUACAAUUUUUAGGGCGUUGAGGAUGAGAAAGAGCUCAGAUAGAUCAGAGGGUGCAUUGAAAUGAAACGUGAAUAAAGACAAAGCCAGCAUUAUUUUGAAUAUAAAACGAGCAGAAAAGUGCUGUAGCGUUCAGUCUCCUCGUGAAGACCAGCCCUGCAAUCCAAUAGGCAUUUAAGAAUUCGGCACGCUUUCUACGACCAUAGAAAGUGUCUUGCUGAAAAGUGAGUACCUUUAUUUCCAGCCCCCACUUCCACCCCACCCCCCAGGACUGAUUCACAUUCCCAUUAGGAAGCCUUUUACAUGGAGUAGACACAGCUGAGGCAGUGUUUGGAUUUUCCAGUGGAGUUAUCCAGAAAUACACAACAAGCUGGACAAUUACUUAUUGUCCAUUUUUUUCAGCAAGGUUAUUUGUGUGCAUCUGUAAGAUAGGCACACAUUCAUUUUGGGAGGAUCCCUAUCAGCUUACCUUGUUUAAUCAUCCUACUGUAAAUUGGAUGGGAUUAGUCAGAAGGUGAAAGUGAAAGGCAGUGCAAAUUAAAGUGGAAGCCCUUAAAGUUCCCAGCCUUGGCAACUUUAAGAUAUGUGGACUUCAACUCCUACAGCUGGCGGAUGAAUUCUGUGAGUCGAAGCCCUUAAAUCUUAAAAUUAGAAGCCCUUAAAAUUAGAUUUAAAAUAGUUAAGAAAUACUUCUUUAAAGAAACAGCAAUUUUGGUUCUGGCUUGAAAACUCUGUAAUACUCAAUGCUGAUCUGUUCAAAGCCAGUCAAAAGAAAGACAAUGUUUUAUUUGGAUCCAGAAUAAAUCUGGGCUCAUUAGUCAAGCACAUCACUUGUAGGAUUUUGCCCCUGCCCACUCCACACCAACCCAAAAACCUUCUUUGGCAUUUAGUACAUCAAGUAUCAAAUUGAGACAGCUGACUGAUUUGUGUUGUGCUGUCAGAAAUAUCUUCAAGGGGAAGUUGUUUUCUGUUUUGUAGGUUGGAUUACUGGAUCUCCCUGGAUUUCUCGCAAUCUCUACUGCACGGAUUACAAAGCAAAGGAAGCAAGGAUCCAGUGAAAACCAUUCCUUGUGCUUCCAAAUUAAACUUGAUCUGCAACAAGCCUUAUUUGGAAGGCUGCAUUUGCAAAUUCUUUGUGCUUGUGUGAGAGAGGGUUUUUUUUUUGUUCUUGUUUGUUUUCUUAAAUAAAUGUACAGGUUAAUCCCAUGUGCCAUUUGUUGUAAAUUACAUUUUUUGACUGGUGCUGGUGGAAGUAGCCACUCUAUUUUCAUUAUAAUUUUCCUCUUUGCAUUGCUCCUGGGUGUGUAAUUAAAACAAAAUAAUGCCAAAAAAGAGAGAGGAAAAAAAAGUGAUAGUUUGUAAACUGAAAUAUACUAAGUAGAUUAGGAGUAGCAAACCAUGUAGUGGAUCUUAGAUACACAGAUGUUUUUAGCUAGCAGGAAACGAUGUGUAUGUUGCAAGACUGUACAUUUUUUAAAGAAAAACAACAAUAUGCAAUAAAGAGUAUACAUAAAAUUUAA